ACCUGGCUGUGUGUCCCGCGCCGUCGGGUUCCCAGCGUGGGGCGCGUGGGGGUCUUGUGACAUUCUUGGGUCAGGGGAGAGCACCCGAACGAGACUGUCCCGCUGGCGCGGGGGCGCGGGGCAGGCGCGGGCGUUUCCGGGUCGCCGAGCACCGCGGCGCCUGCUGGGACCUGCACCCCGGGUAAGGCCGGGCGCUCGCUGUUGGAUCGGUCCCGGGCAGCAGCCCCAGGUCUCAGCGCCGUCCGGCCGGCGGGCUUCCCUUACCCCGGGAUCUACCCUGGAGGACGCGCAGGGCUGCAUCACUUGCACCCGGCCGCCUUCCCUUCCCCGCGAUCUACCCUAGAGGACACGCAGGGCAGUUUCACCUGCACCCAGCCGGUUCCUUUACCCCGGGUCCCCCGCUGGAGGACGCGCAGGGCAGUUUCAUCUGCACCCAGCCGGGUUCCUUUAUCCCGGGUCCCCCGCUGGAGGACGCGCAGGGUAGUUUCAUCUGCACCCAGCCGGGUUCCUUUACCCCGGGUCCCCCUCCUGCAGGACGCGCAGGGCUGCAUCACCUGCGCCCGGCCCGGUUCCUUUACCCCGGGUCCCCCGCUGGAGGACGCGCAGGGCAGUUUCAUCUGCACCCAGCCGGGUUCCUUUACCCCGGGUCCACCCUGGAGGAGGACGUGCAGGGCUGCAUCACCUGCAUCCGGCCAGCUUCCCUUACUCCUGGUCAACUGUGGAGGACACGUAGGGCAGCUUCACCUGCGUUUCAGCUUGUGCAAGAAGGCCGCGUAGUCUUUGGUCUCCCUGGGAUCUUGUCUGGACAGGUGUGCCCCUAGUGACUAACGGGCUUUAUUAUUAAGUAGAACCCUCCCGAAGUGCAGGGCCUUGGAAUGUAACAUGUCGGUCUGGUUUUUGUUUGUUUGUUUUUUCGAGACAGAGUUUCUCUGUGUAGCUUUCGCUGUCCUGGAACUCGCUCUGUAGCCCAGGCUGGCCUCAAACUCACUGAGAUCUGCCUGGCUUUGCCUCCCGAGUGCUGGGAUUAAAGGUGUGCGCCGCCCGUCUAUUUGAACUGCUUAAAACUUUUUCAUAUACUCAGCAAGUCAAAUUCUUAUUUGCUGUGUAAGUUUUCCUCAAAGACACCUCCCCCUGAGUGUUGGAAACUAAACUCGGGACUCAUGCUAAGAGCUCAACACUAACACCCCUUUCUCGAUUGUUUUUCCACACGGGGAGGGAGGGUUUCUGUCACUGUAGUUUUGCCAUUUACUGGGGCACCACCCAGUCAGCGACCACCUCAUGGGCUAGGGUCUUGUAUAAAAACUGGAAUGACUUCAAAGGAGCAGGUUACUGGGGUGCCCACUCUAGGGUGGCUGAGUCAAAAUCUGGGGGGGUGGGAAGCAGACCGCAAGCUUAGGGAUGUGCACUGCUUUGGGGAAGGUGCAGUUGAAGUGUCCAAUACUCAGAAGAGACCGGAUUAAUUUAUUGUCUAGUUUCACAUCCAUCUAGGAAGGGCAUGAACUGUGGCACCACUUACAAAAUAGCCUUCCUCUUGUAGGGCAGUUUCCAAAAGGGCCUUCAAAUGCUGUUCCUAUAAUUAGGUUGUAUUUGAAUUCCUAGAUCAGCUAAAAAGUUCAUCUAACUGGCUUCCCCAUUCUGUAUCAGACACUAAAAAGCCUUAGUUCCUCCAUUUUUGCUUUGCAAAAAGGUGUAAGUCUCCUCAGAAUUUCUACGCUUUAUCCUGUUGUGGGUCCUUGUUUUAUCACACUCCGAAGGCAUGGAGAUUGGAGCCUGUAUGUAGGAAUGUCUAAGGCAAAUACUGGUAACUUUUGGGUUCCAUACUAAAAGCACUGAACCAGGAAUGGAGGCCUUUAGAGAUGUGGCCACUGAAGUUUCAACUGCUCAUUCAUGUUAAUUUUAGGAUGGCUCGAACCAUGGAGCCGCUGGCGAGGAAGAUCUUCAAAGGCGUUUUAGCAGCUGAACUUGUGGGUGUUUUUGGAGCUUAUGUUUUGUUUAGAAAGAUGAACUCCAGCCAAGAUUUCAGGCAAACAAUGAGCAAGACAUUUCCCUUCGUUUUGGAAGUUUAUUACAAAUCCAUUGAACGGUCUGGAUUAUAUGGAGUUAGAGAGGGUGAUCAAGAAAAGUGGUUGGAGAGCAAAAACUAAGGCCAAUCAUCACGCUCAGCUUCCCACUUCAGCUGUUUGAAACCUUUAAGGGGAAAAGAAAGAUGAGUCCAUGCCACUGUAGACUGGACUCCCACAGAAAGUCCUGAGUGUAACUCAACUUCAGGCUGCAUGGCCUGUGGUUUCCCACCCACCGUGAAAACCCACUGUUGGCUCUCUCCUUUAUUUUCUGAGUAUUUUACAAAUGCAAGAAUAUAAACUAGGAACAUCAGAAAUAAUGAAAAAGAUGUUGAAUCAUAUAAGAGCAAACCUUCAUACAAGUCAGAAUAAAACAGACCGACUCUUCAAGAAAAAAACCGUUUGAGUUUGUAGUUUGUUUGUGUGGCUUAAAUGUCUUGCUAUGUGACAAGCAAGUUUUCUGCCAUUUAAGGACACCUACAAGGAAAUGCCAUUUAAAAAACUUGAUUGACAAAUUUAAGGUAACCAGGUAGCGCACACUUGUAAUCCUACUGCUUGGGAGGUGGAAGAUCAAGACCUCAAGGCCAGCCUGGGCUAUAUAGGAAGUUUAAGGAAGCCUGGGCUACACAAGCCCGCCCUGGGGCGACAGUCAGCUUACUUACUUGCAUUAUCUUUGUUAGCCAUGGCGUUCAUGCCAAUAUUAUCAAACUUGGAUCCCAUGUUUUCAUCCAACAGAUGGCCAAACUUAAAAGAAAAAACAAAAGCAAGGAAGGGUGAGGAAGCUUAUCAGAAAACUUGAAAAGAAUGUAAACAGCUGCUCUCUUAAGACAGUGGAUUAGCUUAGUGUUACCUCCUCAGCAGAGACAAACAGGCUGGAGUCAUCGAAACUUUUCUUUUUUUUCUUUGGUCCUUAAAAAAAAAAAGAAAAAAAAAUUGUGUAUAGGUUAUUCAAAGUGCAUGCCUAUUUUUCAGAUUUCGUUGCUGUUCAGAGUUUAUCCUCACAAGAAACCAACAGUAUCAAUCAGGAUUAAAAUUCCACAUCGACAUGGAUGGAGUUUGUAGUAUGUGAAGCAAAAUAUAAAUUGUAAUUCAGGUCUUAUUCUUUGGGCUUGAAAAAGCUGACUGAAGUAUGUUUAUUGUGUUAUCGAUAAACUUUGUUUAAUAUUAUUGAAAAUAAAAUGUCUAUUAAAAACUCA